UUUCUGUCAUAUAAGAGUAAACAAUAUGCAAAUCACAAAUAAAUGGAAAUCAUUUAUUUUUUAUUGAUAAUUGGGGUGAUAGCAUUAGUCCUAUACCUAAUAUCGCCUUAUUGGAUAUUUAUUCUUACAUUCGCAAUUCUUUACGCGGUCUACAGUCGAAUUACUAUGAUAUAUUAAAUAAAUAUCAGUAUUAAUAAUCUGUUACGUGGUAGAAGUCAUAACGUGUGAUGGAAAAAUAUGAUUGAAAACAGAUAGAAGACUACCUAUUGUGCUAAAAAUUGGCUAAAAAGAAGGAAGUUUGUACUGUGUUUACAGUAGAUUAUGGUAGGUAACUCGCUGUAUAAUGUCUUGUUUCUGUUACAUAACUAUUUCGUCACAAGUGGUCAUGGAUUUCCAGGCAGUUUACAUGUGAUAGUAUUCUACUCAAACGACAACUCUACAAACACAACAGAUUUCUUCAUCAAUCAGUUGCUACCAGUCGCAGAGUUUAUGGAUGACUACGUCAAUAUCGAACUGAUACCAUUUGGUAGAGCAAAGAGCGUUUUAGAGGAUGGAAAAACACAAAUUCAAUGCGACUCUGGGUACGAAGAAUGCUACGCCAAUAUGUUUCAGGAUUGUGCAUUUUUGAAACUACCGGCAAAUAGAGAUAAAGUUAGAUUCGUCGUGUGUGAGAUGACGACCAUCAGCGGAGUAUCAAAGCAGUAUUAUUGCGUCCAGCGGCUCGGCAUGUCCCGGGCGAGUGUGGACAGCUGCAUGCAAGGAGACGCUGGACUGGAGUUGCAGCUGGUUUCCGAAGAGAUCACGGCACACUUCCAGAUCAAACAGUUCCCUACUGUUGUUAUUAAUAAGAUGUACAGCCAAGAAGUUCAAGACAACGCCAUGAGAGAUUUGCAGGGCCUCCUGUGCACCAUACUGACCCCCAACCCGGCUUGUGCGCGGUUAUCUAUCAGUAGAGCCUUAGAUAUGUUGUACUAAUUACUUAAAUAUAUAUUUUAUCUGCAUUAUA